UUCCACUUAACGAAGUUUUAUUUUUAUGUUUACAGCAUGGACAACGGUUAUUCCGUAUUAUUACAUCUUCAUGACAAAAGCAAAGAAGCGAAAGCAUUUGCCGGCGCACUAGAAGCGUUUAUCUGCGACUACACAUUCCUUCGGCAAGAAAUUGAUUCCAAUGUGAGGCACUUGCCAUUGGUUGUCAUAGUCGCAUCAUCUUGUUCCCGCGAAGUGCUGCAAGAAAUUGAUCAAGGCAUAACGUAUCAAUCUCAUCAAGGUGUGGUAAUUAUUGUCUACUUUCGAACUCAUCCUUCCGAGCGGAUUGCAAAAAUUGAGAACAACUUCGAAGUUAUAAAAUGUGUAAUUGGAAUGGACUUCAAAGACGGGACUUUGGAAAAUUUUGCAGGCGCUAAACCAGAAAAUGAUACAGCUCGAAAGAAAAUAAGAUCUGCGUGCGAAGAGAAUCGUACAAGAUAUCCACCAAUAGCCAGAGAGCACCGAGCACAAAGAACAAUAGAAAUGGGUCCUUCAACAGAGAUGGAGCAAGGAAAAACGGUUUUGCUAUAUGACCCUGAAGAGAGAGAGACAUCUACUGCGUUUACCAAAGCUUUGGGAAAAUUCAUUACUGAGCUACGAUUUCUGCAUUUUAAGGAUGCAACAGAAGAAGAAAAGAAUUCGUACCCUAUUGUAGUUGUUGUUCGAAGCACUACAGUACGUUUUGAUGAAGAUUUAAAGCAAACAACUACACAUUUAGAAGGUGACACAGUACCUAUUAAGUGA